CGGAAGACACAUUGUCAUUGUCCUGAAAACCUAGAUAUCUAAGAAAAACCUGUCAUAAUCUAAACACUUUGGUGUAACCUUCAAAUCGACUCAACACUCAGUAAAUCGUCACAUCCCGCUUAGACAAUGUUGGACAGCCAUGUGGAUGGAUACAAUGUGGUUGGGCAAAGCGAGGCCCCUACUAGGGAGGUCUUACCAUCAAAUGUCCCCAAAGUCAAGCCCAUUUCGGUCGAUGUUCAGACCCAAAAAUCAGAUGUCGAGCGCUGCACGGCAUCCAUCUUGCAAGAAUCCUAUGAAGCGGACUAUAGCCUGCCCGACGUUCCAUUGAAAUCCCUUAUGACCCACAUGGAUAUCAUGGGGAGGUUAAGGGAACAAGGCAAGGUAAGGAAUUUCCUUGGGUUUGAAUCAUCUUCCCAGUUGGAACGUGUGGCCGAAGAUGAUGCAUGCCCAGUCCCUUACUUUAUUCCGGAACUUGAGAUGUACUGCGCCCGGGAAGAAGCUGGACACUUAAAAGAGCUAAACUUGGCAACCGUUGAAGAGACAAAAGUAUUGGAAAUGGAGGUAUUAGAGACAAUGGAAACUUGUCCUUCACAAGAAGAAGAAAUAAGUUUUCACAAAAUUGAAGAAGAAAUAGAAGUGGCAGAAAUCAAAGAUGCACUUUCCUUCGAAUUUGAGGAUAUUAAUCUUACGAAUCUCGAAGUAUCCCAAGCACCCGAGAUGGAAGAAUCUUCAGGCGUGGAAAACACUCCAGAACCAUUAGUAACAAUACCAGUGAUUGAGGAACCUAUAUCACCUAUCACCAUUGUCCAAGAACCCAUACGGAUCGAGGAACCAACGUCAAAACCUCUGCCAAGUCGUGGUAUUGGUUUCAUUAACUCCUUGAUUGGUCUCAAACCCAUAUGGAGGCCUAGUGUGGGGCACUGUUUUGGCGACAGAGAGUGGAAAAAGAUCCAGCACAAUGAGGAGAUUAAACAGCAAACUUGCAGGGCUUUGAAGAGUCUAAUUCUGUGCAUAAAUCUAUUCAAAAAAUUAAAGGAAUUGAGCCAGGAAGAAACCCAACCAAAGCAGUUGGAAAGAAGCAAAGGCACCUUGACCUACUCAAAGAUAUUCAAGCAAAACAUUUUUCAAAACCAUCAUGGGGAACUUUCAGAAAAUGCCUUGGCCGGCGGAGAACCUGUUCAACGAAAUCCUCUCGUAAAUCCUGAGAGAAUACGAUUAUUUUACAAGCUAGAUGCCAGCGAUGGAUGGUCCAGAAAUGCCCCAGAUUGGGAUUCCAGUGGUAGUUGCGAUAGCGAGGACUCCGGCAUCAAGACCAACUUGAGCGUAACUAAUAACUAUUCCCGUGAAAUCAUGAAUAUACACCAUCCGAUGGCCGAUCGGCAGGACAUCGAGAGCAGCGGCAGGAUUCUAUUCAGCAAGCCUGUAACACUGUUCCGUUUCAGCAGCGUACAACAGGCGGGUAACUUACCAGGCCCCAACAAACAUCCUUACUCGGGUGACAUCAAGAUCUUGGAACGCCAUGGCCUGUACUACAUCUUACUCCACGAGAAGGACUCUAGUUUCCUGCUCGUUUACACCCGCAUCGAUGGCAAUUGGCACAUUGGUUACAAGGCCAACAGGACGAAUAGCUGCGGCUGGUUUAAUUUCAAUUAUGCCUUCUGUUCGGAGGGGACUCCGGAGCACUUUGUGUGCACCUUCCAGGAGCCUAGUCAUGCGGCCGAGUUCGUUGCCAGGGUGCGAAAUCUGGUUAUAAAGGCUCGUUUUCUUAAUUUGCCGCGAUUUUAAAUUGAUUUCUGAUUAGCCACAAAUUAUUGUAAGCUUUGAUUAUAUUUUGUAAUUAUUAAAAAUAUUUCAAAUUUUAGCGAAAGGCGACGAUAUAGUUA